UCUCCCGGCGAGUUCCCAACGUUUUUCAUACUCUCGCGUGUGUGGAUGUACUCAUCUUCAUACAAACCCAUUCCUAUCACUCUCCUUUCAUCCUGACCGUAUACGACGAUACAUGCACCUUAAAUUACGAGCUCUGUCUUCUUCUUCACGUUCACGUUUCACGAUUUCAAUCCCAACUUUUGUCUUUGUUCGGGUUUGCCUCUGCAAGCAAAGAGAAUUACUUUUUGGGUUCAUGCAUCUUAGAUUUGGGUUCUAUAUGGGUUUCUACGGAUUUUAUGGUUACGUCUCUCUAUAUUUCACGCCUCUCUCUCCAAAUCGAUCCCAUGACUAAUAUCUCUCUCCAAAUCAGUUUAUGUUCGAUAUUUUCAUGCAAUUGACGGGUUAUUGGGGUCGUUCCUGCUAUUUUCGUGUUGACAAUUCUUCUAUCUUCUUCGCAAUUCUUCGAUUAGAUUUUGUUCCUGUUUUGCUUCUUUUUUGUUUCUGUUUUUUCAUGUCUGCAGUUUGAUCAUGUUCUUUUCGGCGGUCGACCUUGGGGUAUGUAUUUAUCUUGGGCUCACUGAUUGAAGGCUAAUGGAUACGUGGUUUGAUGGAUAUUGGAUUUCAGAACCAAAUCUCAUUAUUCCACCUUUCUCCAAUGCUAAUUUUUGCUAUGCUCUGUCCUUUCUCUAAUUUUCCAUUCAGGAUAUCUUCUCGGAGUUGCAGCGGGAUCGUUAGUCCAAGUUGGUUCCUGCUUAAGCUUACAACUUCAGAGGGCCUCUUGCUGAGGAUGAUGUCAUACUACAUCGGCUCUUCUCUUCAACUUGAUGGCCGCAUAUGGGCUGAUAAAUAUCAAUCAAAAAGGGCCAUUGAGGUAUGCGGUAAUGAGGAAUCGGUUAAGUUUUUGAGUGAGUGGCUACGUCUUUGGCGUGAAAGAGAUCAUAAACCAAGCAAGAACUCCAUUGGCGGUGAUGAAAGCGACAUUGAAGAUACUUACGAUGAUUGGUAUCCAAGUGACACUGACUCAGGGAACAUCGAUGGACCCAGGCUGAAGAAUCUCCUCUUAGUCACUGGACCAGUGGGGGGAACUCAACUUGGAAGUUCUGAUCCAAAGGGAUGUUUCAUUGCAAAGGAAGACAAUGGUAAUGGUUGUCUGUUGCUAGCAAUUCUACUCACAGCUGGGCAAAUUGUUGUUCUAUGCGCACUGGGUUGUCUGUGUUGCUUGCUGUUCCAGCUCGAAAUUAGGUCAACUCUCAUAUUUGUUCUGAGGUGAGCUGAGUCGCGCUGCAGGUUAUGCUCUUUCCAUUGUUUUCAGGUAAGGAGGCAGGAACCGUGAAAAGAUAAUUUCCGACACCCAAAGUGCAGCCAAAUAAGGGCAGCUGCUAAAUAUACAUUGCGGAAUAUAGAUUGUCUGAUGAGAAUGUUCUUUAAUAACAUGUCACCUUCGUUGAUCGGAAUCACAAUGGCUUAGUUUAUCCAUGGGAGACCUAUGAAGGUUUUUUUUUCCUAAUUUUUUGUUCUCAUUUGUUCUUCUCCUCUUUUUAAUCUUACUAAAUAUUAGAUGGGUUUUGAUUAUGAGUACUUUGAGGAUGAGACAACAAAAAUAUUUGCUAAAAAUAUUCAACUUAUGCUUCGUUUAAUUCAAAUUAUUAGAGUGCAGAUUUUGGGAGUUUCAAAUUAUAGUGUAUUUAUAAUUUAUAUUUGUCCAAUAUGAAUUUUCUUUACAAAAUUAAGUAUUCAAUGCCAUCGUCUUUUCUUCAACGCCAACGGACCAAAAGCAUGCAUGUUGUUUAUUAAAAAGAAACAGAGUUAAUAAACAAAAGCAUGCAUGUUUGAAUUGAUGGCACAAAACGAUUACGUUUCGCUGUUGUCCAUAGUCUUCUUCGCAUGAAGUUGAAGACGAAAGC